AGAGGAGAGAAGAGGAGAGAGGUGCUCAGUGUAUCCUAAACGCCCCCAGCAGCCUAUCAGCCGAUAGCAGCAUCUCUAGAUCUGGACAACCCGAACUAUAAGACUAUCAAAGAGGAAAGUCUUCAGUCUCCUCUUAAAUUCAAACAUAUCCCAGCAUUGGAGCUGAAGCCGACUGCUCAUCCUCCGUGUAAAGCGGGUUACAGUUUGUUUUGCUCCCACACUUCAACAAACAGAGGGAGAUGCUCCUCACACAGAGCUGCACUGUCCCGCCGGCUGACCGCUGCCAAGUGAUGGUCUGGCUCUGAGCUGUAUCCUGUUACAAUCUCACACACACACACACACACACACACACACAAUGUGCAAACACACACACUUUUCCAAGAGGCUCUGGCGGAGCUUUCCAAAGGAGAAAACAUAAAAGGAGUUCUCUUUAGUGUUUGGAGCGGAGCGCCUUGUUUAGACUCUCAGGAUAUCACACAAACAAUCCCAUUCGUCUUUUAGAGUGACAGACACCGUUAUAUAUGAUCAUCUUUCCAACUCUUUCUCUUUGCUACAUUUCUUUAUAAAUAUCUCUUUCAUAGUUGUGUGCUCCACAGAAUUACUCCAAAAAACCGCUGCAGCAGGUUUGCCAUUGAGAUUUUAUUUUGAAAGUACCCCCAGGAAGUCAGCUCACACUGGUUUAGCUGUUUAGACACUGAGAUCUUUUUAUUUAAUGGGGAGGAAGGAGGAGCUGCAGGUUUGUGUUCUGCUCAGUUUAUUCGACCUUAAUAACAUUAUAUUGGACUUCUUUAUCCUCGUGCUACAGGUGAGCUGGUUUGUUUGUUUGUUUGUUUGUUUGAGCAGGAAAGGACCAUGUGGAAUAUUUUAUUCACCUGACUGCAGACACAAGGUGAGAACACUCACUUUACAUCUUCUUUUGGGAUAUUGCAUUAAUAUUGGUUAUGGAAAAGGGGGUUUUAGACAAUAAAAGCUCUCUCUCUCCUCAAUAAUCAAUCCGUGGAUCGAUGGUUGGGUGACUGGUGAUGCUCGGUGAGGACCAUCGUGGUACAGAGUGCUCAGUGUGUCUCUAGAGGAGUGGGCUCAGUCCGGUCCACAGUGGGCCGGGAGGAUCAUCAGUUCACAUGAAUUCUGGCGCCGGGCCUUCGCUCUUCCUCCUCUCACUUUCAUUCCUUUUCAUCCUCUUCUCGUAUCAAACUUCCCUUUUGUUGUGCCGGCCCUCUCGGCUUUCAUCUGUCGCCACACGGGGGGGAAAGGGAAACCGGCCGAACCUGGUACCGAGCUCCGCUCCCCUCUCCCCGUGUUGUGCUCUGGUCCUCGUGUCCCCGUGUCCUCAGGAUGUCUUGGCCCGCGCUGUACGCUCAGUUGGUCGGGGCCAACCGCCACUCCACCAGCCUGGGCAAAGUCUGGCUCUCGGUGCUGUUUAUUUUCCGGGUCAUGGUGCUGGUGGUCGCCGCUGAGAGCGUCUGGGGGGACGAGCAGUCUGACUUCACCUGUAACACGCUGCAGCCCGGCUGUGCGAACGUCUGCUACGAUCAGUUCUUCCCCAUCUCCCACAUCCGUCUAUGGUGUCUCCAGCUGGUCUUUGUCUCCACGCCGACGCUCCUCGUUGCGAUGUAUGUGGCCUAUCGGAACCACGGCGACAAGAAGAGGCUCCUACAGGGUUCUGGUAGAGCUAGUUUCCUCAGCAGCAAAGGCCAGGAGGAAGAUCUGGAGACUCUCAAGAGAAGGAGACUCCCCAUCGCCGGCGCCCUCUGGUGGACGUACGCCUGCAGCCUGGUGGUCCGGCUGCUGUUUGAAGGAGGUUUCAUGUAUGCCCUCUAUGUGGUAUACGAUGGUUUUCAGAUGCCACGGCAGGUGCAGUGUGACCAGUGGCCGUGUCCUAAUCUGGUGGACUGCUUCGUCUCCCGUCCCACCGAGAAAACCAUCUUCACCGUUUUCAUGGCCACCGCCUCCUCCAUCUGCAUGGUGCUGAACAUGGCGGAACUGGCAUAUCUCGUUGCCAAGGCUGUCACUAGGGAGAGCUUCUGCAGUCAAAAGGAGAGGAAAACAUGCAGGAAGUCCAGCCGAGAGAGGACGCAGAGCAGGACACACGAGAAGUCCCUCGUCUCCACCUGA